AGUAUAUAUCUUGACAUUCCGUGACUCCCACAACCCCACUUUCAUUUUUUUCAGUCUUUAUAAAAACCGCAUGCGUCCAUCGCCAUUCAAUUACCACCAACACAGAAUUGAUGGCGUCUAAAAUGCACAGGAGAAUUGCACUGCGCAGAAAGCUUCAAAUUUUGAGGACUCUCACCAAAUCCAAAUCAGAGAAGAAGAGCUCCAUCAUCGCAGAUACUUUCCUCUACAUCCACAAGUUGAAGCUCCAAGUCGAAGCAAUCAGAAAAGAGUGCCAACACCUUAUAAAUCAUAUCCAGGAGGUGAAAGUGGAGAGUGUUGGGAAAGGGUAUUUAGUAGUGAGGGUGAGAUGCAAGAAAGGCGAACAAGUGUUGCUGGCGUCGAUUCUGGAGAUGUUUGAAGAAUUGAAUAUGAAUGUGAUGCAAGCAAGCAUCACCUGCAAAUACUUCUUCGGAAUGGAAGCCGUUGUGAAAUCCGACAUCGACGCCGCAGUCUUGAACCAGGCUAUCAUCAAGCUUCUCCAAAUGCACACACAAAAAUGCACGUGAUCAUAUAAUUGAUAUGGCUCAUCAUUAAUAAUUAUCUUGUAAAUGUUGUCUGCCUUCAUUUUCAAAUGCAACGAGUUGUUUUUCAACUA